AAUGGCAUCAUCGGCUUCCGCCGCCAGAACGCUAGCGGAGCUGCGCCGCGCCGCCUCCGCCGUCUGCGGCUGUGAGAGCUCCAGCCAUUUCCUCGCAGUUAGGCCAUUCAGCUCCGCCGGCGCCGUUUCCGCCGCUUCUGAUUCCGACCCGACACUUUCCUCUUCUUCUGAAUCAAAGGGAAAAGCAUCUAGAUGGUUGUUGUUUCUACCUGGGGCAAUCACAUUUGGCCUUGGGACUUGGCAGAUUUUUAGAAGAGAAGACAAGAUUAAAAUGUUGGAAUAUCGGGAGAAAAGGUUGCAAAUGGAACCAUUAAAAUUCAGUAGUGCAUAUUCAUCAAGUGAGGAAUUAGAUUCUCUGGAAUUUAGAAAGGUGGUGUGCAAAGGAGUUUUUGAUGAUAAAAAAUCAAUCUAUGUGGGACCACGUUCAAGAAGCAUUUCUGGAGUUACUGAAAAUGGCUACUAUCUCAUAACACCUCUUAUGCCAGUUCACAGUCAUCCUGACAGUGUGGGUUUUCCAAUUCUAGUCAACAGAGGAUGGGUUCCCCGCAGUUGGAAAGACAAAUUUUUAGAGGCUUCACAAGAUGAACAGUUUGCAGAUGCACUUGCUUCCCCUUCACAGGCUGAUAGAACUAAAUCUUGGUGGAGAUUUUGGUCUAAAAAACCUGUUAUCAUUGAGGACCAGGUCCCUCCUGUUACACCAAAUGAAGUAGUUGGUGUAGUUCGUGGAAGUGAGAAGCCAAGCAUAUUUGUUCCUGCAAAUGAUCCUGAGUCUUCCCAGUGGUUCUAUGUUGAUGUUCCCGGUAUCGCCCGUGCUUGCGGCCUUCCAGAAAAUACUAUCUAUAUUGAAGAUAUUAAUGAAAAUGUCAAUCCAAGUAAUCCUUACCCUGUUCCCAAGGAUGUCAAUACUUUGAUCAAAAGUUCGGUUAUGCCUCAGGAUCACCUAAACUACACAUUGACAUGGUAUUCUCUUUCUGCAGCAGUUACAUUUAUGGCUUUUAAGAGGCUAAGACAGAAAACUAAACGGAGAUAGCAAACUCAUUGUUGUUAUAGUUGAAACAUACAGACACAUACCCUUAAUUUGGCUUCUGGAUGGAUCUAUCUCCUUGGAGUAUUGUCUUCCCAAUCUUUUCUUCAAAUUUCAGUUGUCAAGAAUCAUUUUCAAGAAACUUGUAGCUAUUCAAGUGAAGUCUUCUCAGAAAGUUACCCCCACCUCAAUAACAAUGAUGGAAUCAAAGUGAGAUAAUAUUUAUUGAAAAACAAUAAAAAAGAUGAUUAAAAUUUUGAUGUAAAGGGGAUGCAGAUGAGGAUAUUUAUUAUCUGAAAGGUCAAAUUUUUAUUAGAAAAUAACUACUGUUAGUAGUUGUAAGAGAAUAUAUUUGGAUUGAUUGUAGGGUUAUGCCACAAUGUU